AUGAAAUCCUGCAAAGAUGGUGAAGACAUCACAGUCCCUCUUAGAUAUCUGAAACAGUUAGAAUGCAGAAUUGCGGAGCUGGAGGGUCAAUUAGGUGAUGCAGCAAAGACAUCUUCCCAAGUACGACAUAUCGGGAUCCAAACGGACCCAAUUGAUAGCCCUAAUGCCGAUCCGCCUCUUCACAGCUUCGACAACAUAGAUAUACUAAGUAAUGUCACUGUGGAGAUGGACCACAUCCCUCAACAUAUUCCUUCGGAGUCAAGCUAUUACCCACCCUUAGCAUUGGAGCAUCCAUCGAGAUUUGCGCCGGUCUCUGAUUCUCGUUGGGCAGCACACCGUCUAGAGGGUCCUCUUAUAUCAAGGCUUGCAUACGAAGUGUAUCCUAAUCAGACGGGCAUGGGGCAUUCUCUACGUACGAAUACUGAGCCUUUCCCUGUUCUUCCUGCCAGUGAUGGAUCACCUUUCUUCGAGGAGGUUUACACUGAUCUCUAUUUCUCCGUCAUGCAUUGGGUAUGGCCAUUCCUUGACUGUAGUACUUGGAGGGCCUGGCAUAGUGAAUGGACUCAUGGAAAUGAAGUAGAGCAAUGGAAAGGGUUCUUCAUACAAAUGGUUUAUGGCAUCGGGGCUUUGUUAUAUAAUGCGCUCCAUAUUAACCAGGGCCAUUCCGAACGUGCGGCAGAUCUCUAUACUUCUGCAUUAACUUACUAUCCCUAUGUUAUGGGACAUUCAUCCGCGAUUCUUCAAAUACAAGCAUCUAUCCUCAUGAUACUCUAUUCCCUCCACUGUCCCUCGUCGGAAGAGAUUGCAAUGUCCGUGUCCUCAAUUGUUCCGUUCUGCACUGCUACAGUGACCGAAUUACGAAAGCACGCUUCAUCCAGCAUUGAAGAUGGAGCCGACGAUACACCAGAAAUAUGUGAAGUACUCACUGAACCUUUGUUUAUUACUUGCUUUAUGCUGAAUGAGAUUAUGGUUUCUGGAUGGGAGAGACCAGUUUCCGACGCUUACAAAGCCAUUGAUGACGAUUUGUCGACUCUGAGCAACGAAAUGCCUUCGUCUUCUAGCACAAGCACUGCGCUAAGGCACCUGUUUAGCUUGCGCAAAAUUCAAGCGAAAAUUCGCCGAUGUUGGGAUGGAUCUCCUGGAAACCAGGCAUCGAACGAUGCCCUUCUGAAGUCGGCAUUGGAUACGUGGCGAAAAGAUAUACCUAGAUAUAGUAUCGAAGAUAACCCAAGCACCUAUCUCCAUCCCCUGUGGAUGGCAAACUUAUAUGACUACAGUGUGAUAAUUCUGAUGCACGAGAAACGACACCGUCUCCAACAUGAGGACGUCGAAGAUGUCCUUUCCGCCAUCAUCGAGGUUUGUCUCAAUUUCAGACGCCUCCAGGACGAAGGUCAAGUGAUGUGUUAUACCUGGUCCGCGCUGGUCUUCCAAUUUAUGGCUGGGAUUAUGCUACUGUACAUAUUCUGGGUGACACCUCAAGACGUUGAAUCAGUACGACCAGCCUUUGAUGCGUCCUGUGCCUAUGAAAGCACCCUCUCCCACUUUGCAGAGCGUUGGGAAGAUGCUACCCCCUAUGCCAAAGUCUUCAGCUUUCUCUUUCGGCAAUAUACUUGGCUUCCCAAGGAACCCUCGGAGCAAUUGGGCCUAGACUGUACGCUGGAUGAGUUCGAGGAUUGCCUGAAGCAGUUAAGGAAACAAUACCUGCAUAAGGGAGUUCUGGGUAUGAUUGAGGAUAUGGCAUACCAACGGUCGGCCAGUUCAAAUGGCGGUUUUCAACAGCAUGUACAGUAG